GCGUCAACCAGGAUGUGAUUCCUCUGGAGGUGGGAGCUCUUGGCUCAGCUCACUUUCUAUUAGGAGAGACACCUCCCAGCUGAUCCCGUUAAUUUGCACCCCUCCUUCUCUUCUCCCUCCUUCAGUACCCGGCGUGUUGCCCCCUCUCGGCAGCCUCUGCCUUCUGCUCCGCUCCUCUGCAGACGAGCUGGAUGUCCGGACACUUGCUGCGCUCCUCUUAAUGAUCGGGAGCGACCGCGGGGGGUGCAGAAGAACCCGGGAGACGGAGAAUCACUUUGACGCACAUGGCUCGAUGACAUGAUGUUCCUACCCUUCUCCCCUCCCCCCUCCACUUCUCUCUUUCCUGUUUUUCUUCUACCCCUCUUUCUCCUGCCUUCUUCCCCAAUCUCCUCCCCCCUUUCCCACACCCCGUUGAGCUGGACUUCACCUCACGACCCCUGCUACCAUCCAGAUGGGCGUCCGCGGCACUGCCUGUCAGAGUUCAUCAACGCUGCCUACGGGAUUCCCGUCAAUGCUACCCACUCGCUACAAGGGGCCGACAAUGACGGCAACAUCACGGCCUUGACGGACCUCCACAACCCUCACAACCUCACCUGCUGGAUGGCCAGCGCCGGUGCCGACGCCGGGGACUGGGUCCUCACGCUACCACUGGGCCGCCGCUUUGAGAUCACCUACAUAAGUUUGCAGUUUUGCCACCAAGGCGAGCCGUCGGACCCCAUCUCCAUCUCCAUACUCAAGUCCAUGGACCAUGGGCGAACCUGGAGGCCAAUGCAGCACUACUCCAGCGACUGCCUCGGGAACUUCAGGCUGCCCUCGCAGACCGUGGCGCGAACAAGACACCAGGAGACGGAGCCCCUGUGCUCAGACCCCCGUCCCCUGCAGAAGCAACGGGGCGGCGUGGUGCUGGCCUUCUCAACCCUGGACGGAAGGCCAUCAUCUCCUGACUUUGACUACAGCCCCACCCUCCAGGACUGGGUGACGGCCACGGACAUCCGUGUGGUUUUCCACCAGGUGUCCAAAGACAUCAAGGUGGACAAGACGGAAGAAACACAAUGGCUCGACGGGGCACACGACGUCAGACCGGGACGGACUGGGGUCGCGAGGUGGAGACCGGGCCACAGGGGCCACGCUAACGAACAGGUGGACAAGAUAAACACAGAAAAUACACUGGCAUUUUUUGACAGGAAGUCAAAGAGCUCGGAGGUGAGGGGGAGGAACAAAGGGGAGAAAGUUGACAAGCAGAGCAGGAAAGGUCAGUACAAAGGGUCGGGUCAAGACGAAGACGGCCACAAUGUGACCAGCAAAGAAGGAGGGGACGGCUUCAACGUGGGGACGCUUGCUUCUCCCAAGAAAGGCGGUAAAGGCAGAGGGCGAGGUCGCAAGAAGGAGAGCAAUCAGUGGCUGCCUUGUCCCAGCGGAGGUUGCCUUUGGACAGUUGAGGGACGGGGCAAGAGCAACAGAGGGCAGGAACUGAGGAAGAGGAGGAACAAUAAUCACAACGCGAGACAAAGCGCCAGGAAUCUACACAUGACCCAGCCCUCCGCUUUUCUCUCUCCUGCCCGAGCCCCCAUAGCUCUGUCGGACGUACAGGUCGGGGGCAGGUGCAAAUGCAACGGACACGCCUCCAAGUGUCGCCGUGACGACGCGGGGCGCGCGGUGUGCGUGUGCGAGCACCACACGGCGGGGCCUGACUGCGACGUGUGUGAGGAUUUCUACUUUGACAGACCGUGGCAUCGAGCGACACCCACUCAGCCGAACCCGUGUGUCGCCUGCGAGUGUAACGGCCAUUCUAACAAAUGCCGCUUCAGCAUGGAGGUGUUUCAACAGUCGGGCCGCCGCAGCGGAGGCGUGUGUCAGAAGUGUCGCCACCACACGGCUGGGCGCCACUGCCAGUACUGCCAGAACGGUUACACCCGCGACCACAGCAAGCCGAUCAACCAUCGCAAGGCCUGCCAGCCGUGUCAGUGCCAUCCUUUGGGAGCAGUGGGUGGCUGGUGUAACCAGACCUCGGGUCAGUGUCUGUGUCGAGACGGAGUGACCGGCCUCAGGUGUAACCGCUGUGCUCCAGGAUACAAACAGGGGAGGUCUCCUGUGAGACCCUGCAUACGGAUUCAGGAGGUCGCCCCAACCCCGGUCUACCAACCUCAGUACAGUAUAGCGGAGGAGUGUGUGUCAUACUGCCAGCCGUCUGAGGCUAAAGUCAGGAUGAACUUAGAGACCUAUUGUCUCAAGGACUAUGUGCUGAAGGUGCAGGUGAGAGGGAUGGAGCGUUCAGGUCCCUGGUGGCAGUUCUCCAUCUCCGUGCAAACCGUCUUUCGCACAGGCUCCAACUCCCGGGUCCGCAGGGGCCAGCAGUCCCUCUGGGUCCCCGACCGCGACCUCAGCUGCGGCUGCCCGACCCUCCACGUGGGCAGGACGUUCCUCCUGAUAGGGGCGGAGGAGGGGGAGCGGGGCUGGGGCCCGGAGGAGAGCCGCCUGGUGGCGGACCGCUCCACUCUGGCCCUCCAGUGGCGGGAACACUGGAGCCCCAAGCUGAGAGGCUUCCGGGGGCAGGACAAGAAAGGACGCUGCCCCGCGAAAUCCGCAAAUAGCCGACACCACGGGGAGCGCGCGAAGCCCCAGUCUGGGUACGUACCCCCUCACCUGCUGACUGAGAAAGACGCUGAGACCCGGAGUGUGGACACACACUCUGUGGAAGUGGAGACUCAAACAGCAGCAAACACAAUGUCUCACACAGACGGCAGAGUUAAACCCACCGAGUCGACCCCCUCUUCUUCUUCUUCUUCUUCUUCUUCUACACCCGCUCUGGUGUGUUCCACUCAAGGGCCUGUCUAAAAAAAAAACAAGUGAAGACUGAGACUGCACAUUUUAGGACAAAACCACAACAACUACAGGGAGUGAAAACGUCUUUUCUUUUUCUUUUUUUAAAACCUUUCUGAGAAACAAAGAGUUUAUUUGUGCCCGCGGCCUCAAACACACACACACACACACACACACACACACACACACACACCUGUUUCCUCUUGUAACUGUGUGUGUGUGUGUGUGUGUGUGUGUGUGUGUGUGUGUGUGUGUGUGUGUGUUUGGAGGGUAAAGGUCAACGUUACUGUCGUGCACUGAAUUCUGCAGCAACACAAAACGGUAAAAGUCGCAGGAAAUAUUUCCACCAUCAAAAGUGGCGCCAUGUGACUUAUAGAUAUCUGAGUUUUAGUAUUUUUUACUAAAGGACCUUUUGGGAAUUAAAGUCUGACUGAACUGAAAUGUCAUGCAGUGAUUUUGUCUCAAAUAUCAUUUAUUUUUUAUUUAAUUCAUUAUUUAAAGGAAACUCACAUUAGCUGUAGAAAACCUUUUGAUUUUGUUAAAAUAUAUUUUUUCAGUAUCAUUGAUUUGUGUUUAUUUACAUUAUUUUAUUUAUAUUGAACGCUGAAAAUAUAAGAAAUUAAACUUUUUAAUUGUACGUACAAUUUUAAGUAUUUGGCUCAAAUUAUGGUGAAAAAAAUAUUCGAUUAAAAAAUUUUGAAUUAGGAAUUAGUUCAAAUUUCUUAAAUUCUUUUAUUAGAGACACUUUUUCUUAUUCUUCCAGUAAUAAUCUGAGCCUAUAAUUGUGUUUUUUGUCUGUUUUUUUAUGUCCACAAGUGGUUUUGAAUGCAUUUGCAUUUUCAGUUGGGACAAAAGCUCCACUUCACUCAAGGUGUGAUUCACACUGCACAAUUAUUUGGAGAAAAUGACUUUAUCUAGGAUCUGUUCCCCCACUGAACAGCUGACACGGAGACCAAACUAACUUCAGCCUCAUUUUCUAACCGUGAAGGAAUCCUCACACAGGCCGUUAGGAGCCCUGAUACGAAUCUAAAAAGCAUCGGGCCGACCUGUCGUCAUGACUUCUGUUUCCAUUCGGGAGAUAUGGCGUCAUAGCCCUGGGGAAACGGUGGCGGUGGUGUGUGUUGAGAAGGGAGGGGUGCGUUGGGACAGAUGGACGGGCUCCUAUUUGUUGGGCUGCCGUGUUGUUUUGGUAGCGCCCGUGUCAAUGAUUGGCUGUGCUGCUGUGUUGAAGCUUGUGAUUGAAAAUAAAAGGAGAAAAAUA